AUGCGUGUCGCUAUCAAGAGCCCUGUCAUCUGGGUGGAUACAUUGUACCUGCGUCAGCAACCUAUUCCACGUGUAAUCAUGAUGGUUUCCCCCUUCAUUUCAGGGGACCAUUACCCUUUGUACAGGAACAGGCGCGAAUUAUGA